AUGACUGUGAUUUUCUGGAAUGUAAGGGGAUUUAACCAUCCCAAAAAGCAAAAAAAUGUUAUGGAUCGUGUAGAGAAGUUGCAAGUGGAAAUUCUCUGUUUGUUUGAAACCAGAAUAAGGGAGAAUAAAGCUCAAGACGUCAUUGCACAGAUAUGGAUUCUUUGGAAGAAGAAUCUACAAUUUUCUGUUUUGAAAGUGGCUGAUCAAUCUAUUACAAUUCAAGGUAAUUUGGGUGGCAGAAAUGUCUAUAUUUCUGCUGUGUAUGGCAGUAAUAGUGGAGCUAUAAGGAAAGAACUGUGGAAUCAGCUUUAUGAGGUUAAUGAUUUGGUAGGUAGUAAUAUUUGGAUUGUUGAGGGAGAUUUUAAUGUUACUGCUGAAGCUUUGGAAAGUUCUAGCUUUGAGGAUGGGCACCUAUCCUCAUAUAUGGAGGACUUACAAAAUUGUAUGACUAAUUUGAGGUUAGUGGACCACCCUUUCUUUGAACCUGUCUUUACCUGGUCAAAUAAGCAUGGAGUGGGGUUUCUGGCUAGGAAACUGGAUAGAGUGUUAGUGAAUGAUCAUUGGUGUGAGGGCUUCUCUAACUCCCAUGUGGAAUUUCAAGCCCCUGGAGUUUCUGAUCAUAGCUUGGCUGUCACUUGGUACUCUCAUGAGAGCCUUGCUUCAAGGCCUAAGCCUUUUAAGUAUUUCAACUUUUGGGCAUUACAUCCUGACUUCAAGGAGGUUGUUGGGAAGUCUUGGGUUGAGGUUGUGCAGGGUGACCCUAUGCAAGCUUUAUUUUGCAAAAUGAAGAGGUUGAAGGUUGAGUUUAGAGCUUUCAAUAAAAGGUGUUAUUCUAACAUCUCUGGGAAAGUUGCUGAGAAGAGAGAACAGUUAGAGAGAAAACAGAUUAUGACUUUAACUGGUGGAAACCCAGGUGAUUUGGCUGAAGAGAGGCAAAUAUACUUUGAGCUCAUGGAUUUAGAAAAAGCAGAAAGACUAUUUUACCAACAGAAAGAAAAAGUUGAUUGGCUGCUUGAUGGAGACCAAUGCACUAAAUUUUUCCACUCCCAAGUUGCAGUUAAAAGGAAAAGGAAUACUAUAAGAGUGUUGAUUGAUGAGAGGGGUAAUAAGCUGGAUACCUUUGAUUCAAUGGCUGAUGAAUUAGUGAAUUACUUCACAAGGCAGAUUGGCACUGUGAAUGGUAAUGUGCAAGGGUGCUUUGACCUAUUCCUGAGAGACUUGUUGGGCUAUGCCUUGCCAGCAAAUGCAAAGGUUGAUCUGGUUAAGGUUGUCACAAGUGAUGAAAUCAGGGUGGCCAUUUGA